AUGAAAGUCGCCUUUUCUCUUUCAUUGUCGCAUUGCCAACAGCGAAUAGCACUGCUAACCUACAUCCUGCAUCCGUUCUUCCGAUCGUUUGCUAUUUCCAUCGCUGACUCUGCCGACGCGUCGCGACGCCAGCAUGACGUGUACGGCGCCGUCGGUCUCCGUCAACUUGACGCCAGCCGCGAACUCCAGCAUCCCCCAGGAUCGAAGUCCCGAUCAACGGCGCCAACUCCCGGCAAACGCGCGCGGAAUAAACCGUACUUCAAAGAGGAGUUGCUACGAGAGGAGUUGCCCAAUCGAACGUUAGGUAGCGCAUCCUCCGGGAAACUGUACGUCGCCGAUAACGAAAUCUACAUAGAAGACGGGGAACUUGUUAAUUUGACGUGUGAAGUUCAGGCGGAACCGGGCGCGAAGUUUGAUUGGUUCGCCGUUGACAGGAACAACAGGACGAAGAAACUCGGCAACGCGUUGACGAGGUGA